ACUCUGAAUCUUCCUCGAAGCAACCGCAAGUCUCUGUGUAGCGCGAGGAAGACGAUCGAUUCAUCUAUGGCGGACGUUGAGAAUCAACAGGACUCUUCGUUUCCAGCGAAGAGGAAAUCGGAUCUCUGUUGCCAGGAGCAGGAUAAUGUGGCGAACAAGGCUCAGAAGCUUAAUCCUUCGUCGAGUUCUGCUGAUUCUGAGUCAAAAGAUGAGAACGGCGUGCCCGGCGAUCGUACAGAUGAAGAGAAGCAAGAAGAUGGAGUUGGAGAUGAAGAAGAGGAAGAUGAGGAUGAGGAGGAUGAUUCGAUUGAAGUUGAGAUCGACAGGAAAGGUAAAGGCAUAUCGAGAGAGGACAAAGGAAAAGGAAAAUUGAUCGAAGUUGAUGAAAGUGACGAUAGCGAUGAUGAUGACGACGACGACGAGGAUGGUGAUGAGUACGACGAAAGCGAUUUGUCUGACGAUCCAUUGGCGGAGGUGGAUUUGGAUAACAUCCUUCCGUCGAGGACUAGGAGACGGUCGAUCCAGCCUGGAGUCUACAUCUCCAAUGACCGUAGCGGAAACCACGAGGAUGAUGAUGAUGAUAGUAGUGACGAUAGCGAUGCUUAAACCUCCCUCCUUAGCUAUAAUGAAGGUUAGUGUCAAGAAAUCAAGAUGUAGUUUCCUUUGAUUCUUAAGAGAGUUUGUGUUACGUUCAACGCUUGGACCAAAGUGAGCCAAUAUAUAUCUAUCAUGUCAUUGCAAUUUCAA